AUGCUGUCCACUCGGCAGGUGUCCAGUGGAGCGUGUGAACAGGGUCAGGGUUUGGAGAUAGGAGACGGAGAGUGGAGCUGCCAUCCGUGAACAUGGAGGAGAGGGGGGUCUGACUCCUGAGGCCUUCUGCUCUGCAUUAAGGAGAUCUGAGAGCCUAUAAUGUAGUCUGCCUCUGCUUUGUUUGUCUCUCCUUCAGAUGCUUGAAGGAGGAGAUGAUUUCUGCUCUGAUGGCGGCUGCAGAGUGUCUUUUUGCCGCUGUGUGUGCUCUGAAUAAACUAAAGUAA